GUGUGAUGAAUGCCGGAUGAUGCCUUUUCGGAGAGAUCGAGGGAGCGACCCGACUAAGCGCGUUGCUUUACUCUCAACGUUAACGGUCAACCACCACUCCCUCUGCGAUUCCCUCUUUUCCGACAUGGCUAUCUUCCACAACAACGACGUAUCAUCUCUCAGCAAACGGAUCGACCUCUGGCUGCAUCUCGCCGGAAAGAAAGCUGCAAAACAUAUUAAAAGAGCACCACGUCAAAAGCAAUCAAUAAAAAGUCUGAGGCUCCCCGACAUACCAGCAGAGAUCUGGGGCAUAGUCAUCUACCACGCGUGCCUUCUCUAUUAUGAUCCGCUCGACACCUCGAACGAAUUGUCGUUCUUGGACGAAUCACCACUACGUCUGAGCACCUAUCGGGAUUCCAUGAAACUCAAGACGACGAUUGCUCUGGUGUCGAAGCAAUGGAAUGCUUUUGUGCGUAUACCAUUGUAUGAAUUUGUUUGGAUCAGCCGCGCAGGCCAGGCGAAGGCACUCGCACGCACGCUAUUGAUGGAGUAUGUCCAAGGCAACCGUUCAAGUGGGGAGUACAUACGUCGUCUCCAUAUCGAGACACCCAUCUUAGCGCGUUGCUCUCCGGUGGAUUUGCGAACUAUUCUUGACCAUGCGCCACAUCUCUUCAUCUAUUCCGACCAUCAUUCCGUUCAGCGGAGCUGUUUCUUCGACGAAUCCGACCCUCGAUACAGUCCUGAAGAAAUCCUCAAACUCGUCGCUCACCCAAAGAUGCGCCGUCUAAGUUGGACAAGCUACGGCGACGUCCCUUUCCAUCUCCGUAUGAGCCCACUUCUCAAAAACCUCGCGACACAAUUGGAAUACCUAGAACUUUCAUCAUGCUUCCCUCACAUCCGAACAGUGUUUGCGGGAUCCUCGGGUCAAGUGGGAAAUUUUAAUACGCAAAUGGACGUCCAUCUUCCUUCUCUUCGCGCGCUCAAAGUGUCGCUCGAUAAUAAUACCUUCUCCGUUUUGGCAUCAUGGAUCAUGCCCCAUCUGACAAAUCUAUCCGUUCUUUCUUCGGACUUCAGCUACACCGGCCCCGGGUUCGCUUCCUUCUUCGAAGCGCAUGGCGCCAAGAUUCGUCAGCUUGAACUCGGACACUGUUCCACCAUUGUCGAAGAACACUACCUUACAGCACCAUCAGCACACCUGCAGAACCAGCCACCUAAAUCGCUGGCUGAGUGGUGUCCUAAUCUUCGCGAAUUCAUCUGUUCUGCUGAGGCAGAAUGGCACUGGCAGGCUCCAGAUUGGAUCGCUCCUCACAUUCUCCUUCCAUCACAUCCCACCCUGGAGCUCAUCGGCAUCCGCGACUUGGAUGCGCGCCUUUGCAAUGACCCGGGCGAAGCAUACUUCCCUUUAUACACGCAGAUGUGCGACCUUUUACAAGCUGACUUAUUCCCUUCGUUGCGGUUCAUCCGAGAUCUGAGUGAACAUAGUCACGAGCUCAGAAUCGUGAAGCCGAGUCCCAAAGUCAUGCAAUUUUGGAUGCGACUUUUGGAGCGGUGCCAGGAGCGGGGGAUUUGGUACGAAGACUACAUGGGUGUGAAUAUCACUAUGCAUAGCUUGCUCCGAGCGAACCUUCCCAACAACAAUGCCAACCGAUGGCAUUUUUAGCUUCGGUACCCUGCCGAUCUUCGGCUGUAUGAUGAGUAUCCGUGUUUUGGUUUCUGGUUCUCAUGGACGGUUUUUUUUGUCAUUCUUCGUUUCCAUCGUCAUUGCCCUUUAUCCUCAUACCCUCAUCGCACACCAUCACAUACUCACUCACUGUCGCAUGCGAUCCACAACAACACCACAAUAUCCCUUCUUGUAUCAUUAUUUCGUUUAUACUUCCCACGUUGCAUAGUCCACAUUUCCAUGCACACUCACAUUCUCUACGGACAUUCUUAUCAUUCAGACAUACCCCAUUGCAUCUGUCUCUCACUUUUGAUCGUCGUGAUAUCUCGUUUUCUUCCCAUACCCAUUGUUCCGCAUGUCCCGCUCUUAACCGCAUUUGCUGUCGAAUUGUUUUGUCUUUCUUUCAUUCUUCUUGUUAGGUAGAUGGUUUAUGUUGUGCAAAUCUUCAUGGCAUCUCCGAGUGCAUGCAAAGGCAUCACUGUUGUACUUGUAUGGUAGAUACGUUCAUUCACGGUGACUUUCAAUGCUAGGUCAUUCACGAAGAUGGAGC